AUGGCGCAGGUGUUGAGGGAGCAUCGUGACACGCUGGUGAGCGUGAUGGAGACGUUUGUGCACGACCCGCUGUGCGAGUGGACGCAGCGCAAACACCAGCGCUCCUCCGCCGAGGAGAUGGACAACCCCCAGGCCAAGGACGCCCUGGCCACCCUCGAAGGGAGGUUGACUGGGACGCUGAUGGGGGUGCGCAGCAUCCCUUGCCUGCCCCUGAGCGCGGAGGGCCAGGCGCACAGGCUGAUUGCAGAGGCCACCGACAAGGAGAACCUGGGCUGCAUGUACAUCUGGUGGAUGCCGUGGUUCUAG